GCAGCAAAAAAAUCUUUUAGAAAUAUACUUUUUUUUGUCCAUUAUUUUUCUUCCACUGAAGCCUUUGAAUCCAAACAUUGUAUGUUUUAAGAACUGCAUAACAUAAUGUCUACACAUGCAUUAUUCUUAACCCAGCAAUUUGGCAUCCAGACAUUAUGUACAGUAUAGUUUAAAAAGUUACAUUUAAUCACAGUGUGUUACAUUAUCUAGCUUUAAGGACUUUUGAACUUCUUGUUUCAGUUAACAAAGGGUGAUACAUCAAGUGAAAUUGAUUCUAUAAACUUCCCUGUUUAAUGUAUUCAUUUCUUCAGGUUAUUCACCAUGUGAACUACCUGUUUCUGGAGGUUGAUUUUUACUUUUCGUUUUCUUACUCGUGUGGUCAGUUUUUCAGUUUUGAUAUUAUUUUGAAAUAGACACAUGGUAAUUGGUCAGAUAUAUUUUUAUAUAGCGCAGGAUUUCUUGACAGAAAUGUCAAAUUGAACUGACAUUUUGCCCAUUUUAAGUGUCUACAGACAUAGUGAAAUGGCCCUGCUCAUCUUCAUAAUCUUUCAUCUUUUACUGGAGGUUAAAUUGCAAGGUUUGGCCACCAUGUCAUCUUUGCCACCAAUUACAGAUGUCAGCCCAACUACAGUGACUCCCAAUGCAACCUUUCAAGAUAUGUCAAGUCUAAGUACCAAAAACAUAGUUGGCUAUAGUUUCACAGAUCCUGGAAACGCAUCCCUGGAAUCGACUACACUUACUGAUAAUACAGAACGUGCUUCAGCGAUCCCCUUGAUGACUAAAGGCCCUGAAAUCAGAAAGUAUUUAAAUACAACUUUGUCUCACACAGAAAUGUUCUUCCUCAUUGCUGUGGUUGCAUCUGGUGGAGGAAUUGUACUGACUGCACUCGUGGGUAUCUGUUUGAACAGAUGUACAGGAAAGUCAAAGCCAGAGAGGAUUUGGAUCAAAUUCAGUGGCAAAAAACAGAAACAAGGACUUUCUUUACCAACGGCCUGUUCAGACUCAUUUGGAGAGGAAGAUACAGUGCUUUACUCAACCAUCAACUUCAAUCAAUCCCCCUCUCAACCACCAGGAAACAGUGACGAAUCAAUGCAAAAUGAGGUUGAAGUGAAUCAAUUGUAUUACACCGUCAUAACCGAACCGACCAUCUCCAGUGACAGCAGUAGUGUUUACAGUCAGCUGAAGGUCCAAUGAAAGAACACAACUCUGCCUGCUGCUGUUUAAUGCAGCCCUAUUGAUGCAUCGUACUUUUUAACGGCCUUUAAUCCUCCAUAACAAAUGCCUUUUAUUGUAAAUGUUAAACAUCUGCUUACUAAUUUCAAAACUGUUUCAUAAACUUCUCUCUGAUUUCAGUUUACUUGUAUUUUCUGUAGAUUUACAUGAACAAAAUAACCACAUCAGAAGGCACACAGCAUGAAUAUGCAUACUUUUUAAUUACAUAACAAUUGUUUUAUCAUGUUAUUGUGAAUGGCAGUUGUAUAGACAAACACAAGGUCAUAUUUUGUCCUGUGGCUUGUGUGAAUAUUUUCACCUGAUGUUUAUUAUAUAAAGUACCUAAUUUUUAUGUUUCUCUUCUUGUUCCUUUUGUACUUUUCCCUUAUUCCUCAAAGUUACACGUAAAAUCUACAUCAUCUACAAGUAAUAGCUGCUGGAAAUCCCACUUUGCCAUCACAGGAAUAAAAUAUAUUUAUACAGAAAGCUGUUAUUUUGAAUUGGUAUAAUAUACUCACAGUGUUACUGUUUUUUUUUUUUUUUUUACUGUAUUUGUGAUCAAAUAAAUGUAGCCUUAGUGAGCAAGAGAGACUUACAGCAAUCCUUUGAAUGGUGUACAUUAAAAAGUUAUUUUUAUUUUUUUAUGAAAACCUUCAGCAAUUCAGGUCUCCAAUGACUGCCAUACAUGUAUCUGAUUACUGUGGAUAUAAGUCAGAUGACAGCGAACUCUGAUGUCCAAAUCAUGCAUUUACAGUCAUAUAUGCGACGAGUAAUUAUGGGUUAUAGCCCAUAAUGGGUCCUUUAAAAUUAAAAUCAAUUAAAAGCUUUACAGAUAGUUGAAAAAGUAUUAUGGGCUCACAAAAAUUAAUGGCUACAUUUUUCCCUUUUAGUGUUCUAUUGUGGUGUUGUAAUUUUUAUUUUAUUAAAAAAUGCUCAACACUUUUAAAUAACGGUUUUCAAGUUUUUAAAUAAAUGACUGAAAACAUAUAGUUUAAAUCAGUUCCAUCUCUGCACAACCACAAUGGUGUCCUGUGGCUUUAAAAGAGAUCAACACUUCAGACAAGCAAAAUAUUUUGUGCUUUAUAUAUUUCAUUUUAUAGAGACAAACCUUGGCAUUUGUUUUUCAUGUUUUCUUUCAUUACUUCCUACUUCCUCAUGUAUGGUCUGAUGUGGUGUGUGUCUGUAUGUCAGUUCAUCACUCUUUCGUGUCUGUUGCUGCUCAUCUUCAUCAUCUUUACACUCUUUCUAGAGGUUCAG